CAAGCCUGAAUUACAGGUCUUAAAUGAAGUUUGGGGACUUCUGCUUAACCAAUCACAGCAGCAUAUCACAGGCCUGUUGGUAGGAAAUAAAAAAUUGCAACAGCGUUUCCAAGAAUUAGAGGGCAUCGCUGAAGAGAAAAAACAAAUGGAAGCGGCAGUUGAUGAGAUGGCAGGCCUGUAUGUAGAAACUGAGGAAAAAAAUAUAAAUUUGCAGAGAAAGCUUGACGAAGCACUGCAAACAAAUAGAGAAAUGAUUAAAGAGAAGCAACAACAGGAAGCCGAACACAGAGAGAUGAAGUGCGAGCUUGAAGACAUCAAAGCGAAGCAUGAAGAGACACAACAGAAGCUUCAAGACUUGGAAAAAAUACACAAAGAGAUGCAACACAGGCUGGAGGACAAGACCAGACAGCUGGAGGCCCAAAUUAAAGACCUCCCAGAAAUUUCCUCACAGGACCAAACUGGUAAACAUCUGCAGUACAACCCUGAAUUACAGGUCUUAAAUGAAAUUUGGGGGCUUCUGCUUAACCAAUCACAGCAGCAUAUCACAGGCCUGUUGGUAGGAAAUAAAAAAUUGCAACAGCGUUUCCAAGAAUUAGAGGGCAUCGCUGAAGAGAAAAAACAAAUGGAAGCGUCAGUUGAUGAGAUGGCAGGCCUGUAUGUAGAAACUGAGGAAAAAAAUAUAAAUUUGCAGAGAAAGCUUGACGAAGCACUGCAAACAAAUAGAGAAAUGAUAAAAGAGAAGCAACAACAGGAAGCCGAGCACAGGGAGAUGAAGUGCGAGCUUGAAGACAUCAAAGCGAAGCAUGAAGAGACACAACAGAAGCUUCGGGAUGUGGAAGAAAGCUAUUCUUCCAAGCUUCAAGAGUUAGAAGAAAAACACAACCAGACAAAAUACAAGCUUAAAGAGCUGGAAGAAAGGUGUGAAGCAACACAACAGAAGCUUCACAAAGGUGAGGAAAAAACUAAAGGUUUGCAGGUAACUCUUGAUGGAGCACUGCAGAGAAAUGCAGAACUGCAAAGAGAGAAGGAGCAACAGGUAGAAGAGAUCAGGAGGGCAAUGAAAGCACAGGGUAAGAAAUAUAAAGACCUGAAGGUAAAGCAUUCUGAAAAGGAGAAAGAGUUAGAAGAACUCCACAAAAAAUGCACCAAACUGGAAGAAGAGAAUGCACAAAUCUUCAGUGAGGUCAAAAGACUCAUCCUCCAAAACAAAGAUUUAGAGGAAUACCGCCAGAAAAGAAGGGAAAGCAUGUCUUUUCUUUUUCCAGCUGAGGUUCUGCUGCUUCUCCCGCUCAACCUGGAGAAACAUAGGCUGCUCUUCCUCCACCGUUCCUCCAUCUCCUUCAUUUUCCCCUCUCCCAUCUCUUCACCUUUCAGGAGAUUAAAAAAGAAGAAGCGUCACUGGCUGCUUCACCUAAUUGGCCACAAAAUUCACCAACAGCAUGUCCUAAACAUCACAUUUAUAUAA